UGUGUGUGUGUGGAAGAAGUUGUAACAAACGACUAGCAGGCGAGCAACCAACAACGAACGAGUCGACUUUCUUGUAGGAGACGGAGUUUGAGGGCGGGCGCCGUGUGUGACGCUGAAGAACAGUGAGCGUCGCUUCUGCGAGAUAUGAGUCAAAAGGCACGUAGAGGGAUCCACGUGGACCAGUCAGACCUACUGUGCAAAAAAGGAUGCGGUUACUAUGGCAACGCUUCCUGGAAGGGCUACUGCUCAAAGUGCUGGAGAGAGGAGUACCAGCAUUCGCGGCAGAAGCAGAUCCAGGAGGACAGGGAGCUAGCAGAGAGAUUGCAGAAGGAGGAAGAGGCUGCUUUGCGAGGGGCACAAAGCCAGCCCUCUCUCGCACACUUCUCCAAGUUUGAGGAGAAAAAGAGUAACGUGACGACCCGCAAGGUGAUCGCUGUGAAGAAGUUCUUCAGUCCCUCGUCUCAUGCUUCAACCAAGAAAGGAAGCCCAGAAGCUAGAACCCCAAGUCCCUCUGUUACCCGAAAAGUCAGUGUUGACACUGACCGUGCAUCUAGAGAAUUUGUUGAAUUUCUCAAAAAACUGCCAAAGCAUGGUGCUGAAAUCUACAAACAAAGUAAGAGCUUUGCUGAGAGCAUGGCUGGCAAAGAGAUUAUGGGCGCAGAUGAGUUGACCGAGUGUGUCCAGGACUUCUACCAGAACCUCUCAGAUCGGCUGCUGUUCACUUUCAAAUGGUCUGCAGAAGUUGUGGAGCAAGUCAUGGAUCAGGUUGAGAAGUAUAUAAUGACACGCCUUUACAAGUACACAUUCUGCCCCGAGACCACUGAUGAUGAAAAACGAGACUUGGCGAUCCAGGCGCGGAUAAGGGCCUUACACUGGGUCACAGUUCAGAUGCUGUGCGUCCCUGUGGAUGAGGCGAUCCCUACUGUUUCAGAAAAUGUAGAUCAUGCCAUUACAGAGAUCAUCAAAGUGGACUCCAGGCGUGUGCCACGGGACAAGCUAGCAUGCAUCACCCGCUGCAGCAAGCGCAUCUUCAGAGCUAUCAAGUUGACCAAGCAGGAACCAGCCUCCGCUGACGAUUUCCUGCCCGCUCUCAUCUAUGUGGUACUGAAGGCCCACCCACCCCGGCUACACUCCAACAUCCAGUACAUCACACGCUUCUGCAACCCCAGCCGCCUGAUGACCGGGGAAGAUGGAUACUACUUCACCAACCUGUGCUGUGCAGUGACCUUCAUCGAGAAGCUGGAUGCCCAGUCUCUCAACCUGAGCUCAGCGGAGUUUGAGCGCUACAUGUCCGGACAGGUGUCCCAGGUGGAUCCGAGGAGCAGCCCCGGGCCCAGCCUAGACCUGUUGGCAGUGCUCGGGGCGCGGCAGGAGCAGGUCCUGCAGGGUGCACAGAAGCUGGAGAGGGACCUGAUCGACUGGCAGGAUGGUGUAGAGCGUGAAGUUAAGCGUAUGCUGCAGAAGUACCCCCUGGUGGUGCAUCCCGCUGUUUUUGCCAUUGACUCAGACAACACAGACAGCGAUCUCCUCCCUCCUCCACUUCAGCCUCAGGUCUUUACUCAUUAACACCCUAGAAGCCUUUCCCACUUUCUCCUGCUUGUAUCGUCCGUACACAUAUCCAGUUCGUAGCUCCCCAAAUGGAUGUUUUUUUCAUCGUGUUAUUGUAUUUGUCUACUUUCACAUGUUCCUGCAUACUUAUACGUAUUGUAUGUAAAUGUGUUUUUUUUGUUUGCUUUUUGAAAUAUAUUUACUCACAAAUUAUAUACAAAUACCUGCAUUACCCUGUCCAGGAACUUCUCUACUCAGGUUUUUCUGAGUUACUGUGGAAAAAGGAGGUUAAAAGUUUUUCGUGCUCGGUUACCAGUGUACACCCCAAACAGUGAGAUAUAUCAUUUUGAACCCUUUUUUUUUUUUUUAUAAGAAGCAAUUACCAAAAGAAUAAUUCUUACUGAUAUUUACUAUGUAUUUGAUAUUUUACUUCCAGAACAGGGUGUGCAAAUGUAUUUCUUUGAUUUGUAUUUAUUAGACGGAAAUUAUGCAGACAAAAAUGAGCUUUUCCAGUAGUGUGUACUGAAUUCAAUUUUUUUAAAUUCAUACACUUUGGUACAUUAGCACAUAUACAUCAUCUUCAUCAAUACUAUACAGUACACAGAAAAUCUUAUUGUGUAUGCAAUAAAAAAUCUAGGGCCAUCGUGAAUUCCAGCCCCUAUUAAGUCCUUGAGAUUAUCCCUUGAAUUUGUAAGCCAUCUCGGCACAUUUCUCAGUGCUUCGGGUGUGACAGUACUUCAAGGUGUGGAAACUCCAGUGAUCCAUGAUUGUGUUAUGCGUUACUGGCAGACCUGCCCGUAAAAUGAUUCCAGAGAUUUUCAAUAUUGCUCAUUCAAGGAGACAUUUAAAACAAUGCAAGUGGAGGAACUGGUUAUUGCAGACUUUGUGCCUCUCUGGUGCUUUUAGGGAACACAUUUUAAUAUUAAGGUGAUGUACCUCCCAGGCCCUGCAGAUGUGCGCUAUGUUCUACCCCUGUGCUGAAAAGAGCAGUUCUUGCAUAGUCAGUAUUGGCUUCUGUAGCAUUUAUGUGUCAUAUAACAGAAUUGUUAAUUUGUGCCAUUGCACAUUUUAUUAUCCCAGUAUAUAAAGAAUGGAAUUACCCACAGUAGUGUGGCGUUGCAUGUGGUGUGUCGUUUAAGUGAACCUCAAAAGCCGGUCUCAGCCUGUAUCUUGCUUUAUAAUGGUUUCUGAAGAAUUGUCUUCCACCUCUGUACCAGCUGUAACCACAUGUUCAGCACUCUUUACCAUCUUAAGGUACUUCCCCUUUUACUUUAAA